UCUGUCUGAAUGCCAGACCGGCUCUUUCUUUCAUUCGGACCUCCGGCCGAGCAGUCCUCUUCCAGAGCUGCUCCAGAAAAGACUGCCUGCGAUGGAGGCGGCCGAUCUCUUCUGCCACCCGCUCUGGUUCAUCUGCUCCUUGGCCCUCCUGGCGCUGCUGUGGGUCCAAAGGAGGAAGAGCUGGAGGCCGGACACUUGUCCCGUAGACCUGACCGGCAAGACGGCCAUUGUCACCGGAGCCAGCAGCGGAAUUGGCAAGGCUGUCGCUCUCGACUUGGCACGCCGGAACGCCCGCACAAUCCUUGCCUGCCGCUGCAGGGAGAAAGGCCAGGCUGCGGUGGAGGAGAUCCGCAGAGCCACGGGGAACCCCCAGGUGCAGCUCGGUCUGCUGGACGUCAGCUCCAUGGCCUCCGUCCGUGCCUUCGCCAGGAGGUUCCUCGAGAAAGGGAGCCAGCUGCACAUCCUGGUGAACAAUGCCGGUGUCUCAGGCCUGCCAUUUGCUGUGACGGCUGAGGGCUUGGAGCUCACAUUUGCCACCAACGUCUCGGGGGCCUUCCUCCUCACCCACUUGCUUCUUGGCACCAUGGUGGCCUCUGCUCCGGCGCGCAUCGUGAACGUGUCUUCCUUCCGGCACUUCUGUGUCAGGAAGGUGGACCUGAAGUUGCUGACCGGGGAGGAGCGGACCAAGAACGCCAGCCAGGCCUACGACUGCACCAAGCUCAUGAACGUCAUCUUCACCACGGAGCUGGCCCGGAGGCUGCAGGGCACCGGCGCCUCACCCAGGUCGUUGAAGGGUCCCAGCAGGUAUCGGAAUCGCUGCUCGUCCGGGGAGCGCUCGGCGUAG